GUGGGGCUCACCCCCAGCCAAGCGAUGCCCAGGUGCCCGUGCCCAGCACACAGCCACCCCUGUGCCAGUGCUGGGGACUGGUGGAGGUGUGGUGGCCCUGGUGACAUGUCCCUGAGUCACAGUGGGUGACAGAGCCAGGCACGAGAUCUGGGAGGGAUCCCCAGGCAGAGGCACCUUGGCCCUGUGCCACCCUGGCCCUGUGCCACCCUGGCCCUGUCCGCAGGCACAGCCCUGGCAGCGAUGGCAACGCUCUACCCUUCCCUGGAGGACAUGAAGGGUCACCAGAUCCUGCAGGCUCAGGCAGCAGCUGGCAUCAGGACCCCUCCCACCACUGUGGCCAGCGAGAAGCCAAAGCUCAGCUCUGGCACCAGCAGCACAGCACCCCCUGUGCUGUACCCCAACCUGGCAGAGCUGGAGAGCUACAUGGGGCUGGCUCUGUCCGGUGAGGAGAUCCAGAAGAACCUGGAGGAGUCCAAGGCGCUGAGCCCUGUUGGGCACCCCCCAGGGCGGGUGGUUGCCCCCCUGAGCGGGCACAACGCGGGGCUGCGGCGGGCGGAGAUCAAGGCUGGGCUGCGGGAGAUUCACCUCUGCAAGGACGAGAGGGGCAAGACCGGGCUGCAGCUCAAGAACGUCGACCAGGGCAUCUUCGUGCAGCUGGUGAAGGCCAACUCGCCCGCGGCGCUGGUCGGGCUGCGCUUUGGCGACCAGGUCCUGCAGAUCGACGGCAGGGACUGCGCGGGCUGGAGCAGUGCCAAGGCACAGCGGGCACUGAAGAAGGCAAACCCCGAGAAGAUCGUCAUGGUGGUGCGGGACCGCCCUUUCCAGCGCACGGUCACGGUGCACAAGGACAGCAGCGGGCACCUUGGCAUCGUGGUGAAGAAGGGCAGGAUCGUGUCGCUGGCCAGGGACAGCUCUGCUGCCCGCAACGGGCUCCUCACACACCACUACCUCUGCGAGCUCAACGGGCAGAACGUCGUUGGCAUGAAGGAUAAGCAGCUGGCAGAGGUGCUGGCAGGGGCUGGCAACGUGGUGACCCUGACGGUGAUCCCGGAGGUGAUCUUCGAGCACAUGGUCAAACGGCUCUCUCCAGGGCUGAUGAAGUCGUCCAUGGACCACUCCAUCCCUGACCUCUGACGUGGUGGCUGCCAGCCUGGGGGGGCACAUGCCAGCGUGGGCAGCCCCUGGAAGCUCAGAGGUC